AUGCUAUGCUUGUACCGUUCUGCUGUUAUCUUUAUCCUAUCCUCAUCUGUCUUAGCGUUUAUAUGCCAUUUCCUUGGGGCGUUAGGAGCUUGUGUGUUAUGGGGACAGCUGUCGCUAUCCAGUAGAAACCUCUUCGGCCUACGUUGCAAUUGUUGCUUACUUACUGACAGCAUGGAAGCAUCGAGUAAGGUGCUUACCUUUCCUGCAUUCCUUUGCUCAGUCUUUGUAUUCUAUUGGAGCCUUCCCAUAUUUGCGAUCAUCUACCGGAUUCGCUUUGCAAACUUGGGCAAGAGAAAUGAUAUGCUUGAAUGGGCUAAAUCCCUAGUCCGCUUCUUUGGUGUGACGGUGCUUAAGGAAGGGGAGUCAUCAUUGUACCGCGGCGGGAAAUGUCUCUACCUGUGCAACCACCGCAGCUGGGCGGACUUCUUCAUCGACGCCUACCUAACGGAGGGGCGAGCAGCACUGAUGAGCAGGUGGCUGGUGUAUUUUGUGUUCCCGGUGUUUUGCACCUCGUGCCUCAUCCUGCGGGGCAUCGUGCUGUUCAAGCGGGGGACCAUUGCGGACAAGGAGGCCUUCAACUCCUGGCUGGACGCCACCCUGGGUCGCAGCCACGUGCCCGGACUGCUGGUGUACCCGGAGGGCCACCGCAGCCUGAAGCCCGCCAGCCUGCCGCUCAAGCGCGGCAUGCUGCACUACGCGUUCAGCCGCAAGAUACCCGUGCAGAUCAUCAUCACCCGGGGCAAGGAGGAGGUGCUGAGUGAGAAGCGCAUGGCGGUCCGCUUCGGCAGGACACUGGUCACGCAGUUCUCAAAGGUCAUCGAGCCGGGGCAGUUCGCCUCCUUCGACGCCUUCUUCUCUGCCGUACAGUCCACCUGGGACGAGUGCUGGAGGGGCGCGUACGGCGCCAGUACGACAAGCACCCCCCGCCACACCCUGUCGCACCCCCCCACCGAGUACGACUACCCCGCCCGCAUGCGGCUGCAGCAGGCGGCCAUCACGCUGUUCUCCAUGGUGGUGUUGGCGGGGGUGCUGGCGGGCAGCUGGCGGGCGGGGGCGGCGGUG